CGCCUUCCGAGGCAGCGGCCCGAGACAAACACUCGCCCCGAUAACUGGAGGCCGCGCGCGCGCGCACGGCCGCACACCCCCCUCCUCCCUCCACUGCUCCGCCCCCGCGCACGCAACAACGGCGACACCGCCGCCAAGGCCCACGCGAGCACGCGCCGCCGCACGCGGCCGGAGAGGGAGAGGAAGCGAUGGCCGCGGCCGCGAGGGAGGAGCAGCCGCUGCUGCUGCGGCGGGAGGAGGGGGAGGAGGAGGGUGAGGAGGUUGGGUGGAGGAGGAGGUGGGGGAGCGAGGCCGGGAAGCUGGCGUACCUGGCGCUGCCGAUGGUGGCGGUGAGCCUGACGAACUACGCGGUGCAGGUGUUCUCCAACAUGAUGGUCGGCCACCUCCCCGGCGUCCUCCCGCUCUCCUCCGCCGCCAUCGCCACCUCCCUCGCCUCCGUCACCGGCUUCAGCCUCCUCAUUGGAAUGGCAAGUGCACUGGAAACUCUCUGUGGCCAAGCUUAUGGGGCAAAACAAUACCAUACUCUGGGAGUGCACACCUACAGAGCCAUACUCACUCUUCUGGUGGUGUGCAUUCCUCUAUCACUUCUAUGGGUUUUCAUGGGCAAAAUCCUGGUACUCAUUGGUCAAGAUCCUUUGAUCUCGCAUGGAGCUGGGAGAUACAUCGUCUGGCUGAUUCCAGGGCUUUUCGCAAACGCGUUGAUUCAGCCUAUCACGAAGUUCCUUCAGUCCCAGAGCUUGAUAAUGCCCAUGCUCGUUGCAUCCGUUGCAACCCUGGUGUUCCACAUCCCUCUGUGCUGGUUGAUGGUGUUUAAGACCGGCUUGGGGUAUACUGGAGCUGCCUUGUCGAUAAGCAUAUCAUACUGGUUGAAUGUGGCCAUGCUUGUGGCUUAUAUCUUGCUGUCAAGCUCUUGCAAGGAAACACGCACACCUCCAACAAUCGAGGCCUUCAAGGGAUUGGAUGGGUUCUUACGUCUAGCAUUGCCAUCUGCGCUUAUGAUUUGUCUUGAGUGGUGGUCAUUUGAGCUACUUAUUCUUAUGUCAGGACUUUUACCCAACCCCGAGCUACAAACCUCAGUGCUUUCAAUUUGUCUCACAAGUAUAACUUUACUUUUUACCAUUCCUUAUGGGCUUGGAGCUGGUGGAAGCACACGAGUAGCAAACGAACUGGGUGCUGGGAACCCUGAAGGAGCUCGUUCAGCUGUCUAUGUUGUGCUGUCAGUUGCAGUGACAGAGGCACUUAUAGUAUGUGGAACUCUGUUAGCAUCACGGCGACUCCUGGGUCGUGCAUACAGCAGUGAGGAGGAGGUCAUCUCUUUCGUCGCGAUGAUGGUUCCAUUGGUUUGCAUCACUGUGGUUACUGAUGGUCUACAAGGAGUUAUGUCAGGUAUUGCUCGAGGUUGUGGAUGGCAACAUUUGGGCGCGUACGUCAACCUCGGCUCAUUCUAUUUGCUCGGAAUUCCAAUGGCGAUCCUUCUUGGCUUUGUGCUACAUAUGGGAGCAAAAGGACUUUGGAUGGGCAUUGUCUGUGGUUCAAUAUCACAGAUCACCCUUCUAUCUGCUAUCACAUUUUUCACCAACUGGCAAAAGAUGUUCAUUGCCCAUUGUAUGCAGGCUGAAAAUGCUAGGGAGAGAGUGUUCAGUGAGAAGCCAACGGAGCCCUCCAGGUAUCAUCUAGUGGAGUAGUUCUACUCCAAUUUUUGCUGGGGGCAGUGGGGUAAAUCUCAUCCCUCGGACGGUUGGACUUGCUCGCGAGAGUGACCAUGCAGAGAAGGCAUCAAUAAACCACCCUUUUUUGUGUGUUUCAUCACAGCACGAAAUGAGCCAAUCUUUCCUGAAUUGGUUCAUUUUUCACGUGUAGUUUUGCCCACAGGAUAGGCAGGGUUGACAGUCGAGGGUUGCAUCCCACGGAAAACGUUUGGCUAGGAAAAAAGGGGUCCUUUUGUGGAUAGUAACAGAAAUCUCAAGCUGUUUGGUUUUCUAUUGUA